AUGUCGAUCGAUCCCACCCUUUUUCCCUCCAUCGGCUCCGUCGCGGACCAGACCGAAAGGCUCCCCGUCGAGGCGCAGGCGGUUGAUGUUACGCUGGACGAGGAGCGACCAGUGCAGGAGAUUGAGUCGCUCUGUAUGCGAUGCGAAAACCAGGGAAUGACUCGUCUCUUAUUGACGACGAUCCCAUACUUCCGCGAGGUCAUCGUCAUGUCCUUCCGGUGCGAGCACUGCGGCUUCGCGAACAACGAAGUGCAGUCCGCCGGCGCCAUCCGACCCGACGGUGCCGUCUACACGGUCCGCGUCCUCGGGCGCGACGACCUCGACCGCCAGAUCGUCAAGUCGAACUCCUGCACGGUCAUCAUCCCCGAGUGGGAGCUCACGAUCCCGCCCGGGCGCGGGCAGCUCACGACGAUCGAGGGCCUCAUCCGCGACAUCAUCACGGACCUCUCCGCGGACCAGACGCUGCGCCGCGUGCAGAACCCGGUGGCGUACGAGAAGAUCGAGAGCAUCCUCGACCGCGCGCGCGAGGCCGUGCCAGGGGGCGACGACGGAGAGGAGGACGAGGCGAGCAAGGACGAGGUCGGGCCGCUGAGUACGCCGAAGAAGGCGAGCCAGAUCGACGUCCCGCUCACGCCGUUCACGGUCAAACUCGACGACCCGGCGGGCAACUCAUUCGCGGAGUUCGCGGGGAGCAUGGCGGAUCCGAAGUGGAACAUGCGCACGUACCACCGCACGAAGCAGCACAACAUCGAGCUUGGACUCGUCGCGUCAGACGAGCCUGGUCCUGAGGCCGUGGCCGCGACGGAAGAUGAGGAAAGGAUUGGAGGGGGGUUGGAGGGUGAGAACGAGGAGAUCUACAUCUUCCCGGGGACGUGCUCGAGCUGCGGUCACCCGUCGGACACGCUGGUCAAGAAGGUCAACAUCCCGUAUUUCAAGGACAUCCUGAUCAUGUCAACAAGCUGCGACAAGUGUGGAUACCGGGACAACGAAGUCAAGUCGGGUGCUGCGAUCUCAGAACAAGGCAAACGCAUCACGCUCGAAGUAGAAGACCGGGAGGACCUGAGCCGUGAUAUUUUGAAGAGCGAGACGUGCGGUCUCAGCAUACCCGAUAUUGAACUUGUGCUUCAAGCUGGAACACUGGGUGGCCGAUUCACGACGCUUGAGGGUAUCCUUGACCAAGUGUACGAGGAACUGUCCGAGAAGGUGUUUGCCUCUGGGGACGCCGUGGACGACGGGCAUGCGUUUGAGAACUUCCUCAAGAAGCUCAAAGCGGUCAAGAACGCAGAGCACCCGUUCACGCUCAUCCUCGACGACCCGCUCGCGAACUCGCACCUCCAAAACCUGUACGCGCCAGACCCCGACCCGAACAUGACGAUCGAGAUGUACGAUCGUACAUGGGACCAGAACGAAGAGCUCGGGCUGAACGACAUGAAAGUGGAGAACUACGAGGAAGACGCAGAGCCGCCCAAGGAGGGGGCUCAGGCCGCGACAGCAUGA